UGUAUUCGUGUAAUAAAACAAUUUAAAAUAAAUAAAUAAUAAACUUGAACACUCGAGUUUAAGAAAAAAUAAUAGUUGUUACAUAAGAUAAAAUGUAAAACUUGUUAAUAUUCCUUAAGUUAAGGGUUAGGACCCAAUUGCAGAGGCUAAAAGCCCAUCUCCUUAUAAAUCGAGGCCCAUCAAUCCUGCGUCAUCUCAUAUCGUUAACGAAGACGAAAUAACGUGAUUAUCAAUUUCCCCCCUUUCUCAAAAUCCCUAGGGCUAACCGAAAACUAUUUGGUUCUCGAUUCAAAUUUCCUUUCUGGAGGAAAGAUCAACGUUUAUUUUCUGUUGAGAAAAAAAAAUAGUGAAAGCCACCUAGAUUUCUGCAAAAGAAAGAUGCUGCAAAUUCGGCUUAGCAAGCCAGCUAAUGAAACUGGCGUUAGUGCAAAACCUGCGCCCACGGAUAGUGUCACAGUUGCAUGCCCUGAUCACCUUGUCUUAGCCGAUCUUCCAGUAGCCAAGAGUCUUGGUUCAGCAAGUGCCAAUGCUGUUAUAAAGACUAUUGGCCGUAGGUCCCGCCGCCAUCUUGGGGAACGUGUACAUUUUUGUGUCAGAUGUGAUUUCCCUAUUGCUAUCUAUGGCCGUCUCAGCCCCUGUGAGCAUGCUUUCUGUUUGGAUUGUGCUAGGAGUGAUUCUCUCUGCUACCUCUGCGAUGGACGUGUACAAAAAAUCCAAACAAUCAAAAUGAUGGAAGGGAUCUUUAUAUGUGCAGCACCUCACUGUCUCAAGUCUUUCUUAAAGAAGAGUGACUUUGAGUGGCAUAUAAACGAGACCCACGCUGACCUUCUUCACCCUGGCAAGGAGAGAGAAGGAAAUGAGACAGAGGCUAUAAGUGCCAGAAAAUCUUCAGCAUCAGAUUCCACAGUUCAAGCACCUUUAAGGCAGGUUUUUUCCCCUGGUUCGAAUUCUCAGGUUCAUGAAGACAAAACACAGCAGAGACCCCAAACGAGGGACCCACAACCACCUUUAAGACCCGUCAUGCAGCAGACGAGGCCAAUGCCACCUUUUUCAGGACAAGCUCCAAAUUAUCCAUCAGAGCAACAACAACAACACACCGACACCAAUCAACCCCAUAACCGCUUUCCUCAGCAAACUUUCGAUCCCCAAGGGCAGGGUGGCUUACGUCAAGAAUCAGUUAAUAAUCCAAAUUCAGCUAUGGUUCCCCCUCAAUUCGGUUACCCUCCUUACGGAGGCGAUGGAGCACAACAGUUCUUUGGUGCUCAAUACGAGAUGGGAAGAACGGAUUCGACACCAGAAGCUGGAUCUGGACAGGGUUCAAUGUCAGGUUUCAUGCCGGGUCCCACUGGACCCGUGAAUUUCGGACAAAAUUACCCUCAGCAGUGGAACAUGGCCCCCACUUCUUUGCCUAUGAAUGUGGAUCCACCUCAAGGAGCUAAUACAGAUGGGUUUAUGAAUGUUGACCCUCAAGGAAGAGGGUUUUAUCGAGGGGAUUAUGGACAGAAUGUGGGGCCUACUCCUCCGACAGGCAAUUAUAUGGACACGAGGGACGGGAAGGGAAUUUUGGCACCACAGCCAAUGUCUAAUCCUCCACCACCUCAAUCGGCACAGAUUCAGCGGGACAGGUCGUAUUCUGGUGAUGGGAAUCAUGAUGCUCCGCCUGGCUUCGGGUGGCAACAGGAUUAGCCUUUGUUUUAAAAAUAAAAAUUGGUUUGCUGAUAUUUGUGCCAAAUUGAACUACUUAGAACAGUCCUUGCAUUUGAUUAUUUUGUUGAUAUGUUGUUGUGCUACUUUUUUCUUUCUUACUGUUGUAGGGCAACACUGGUUGGUGGUGAUUCUAAUGAUAAUACACACAAGAUUUUGAUGUUUA